UCAUCCGCCCCAUCCUCAAUUAAACGGGCAUCCUCAGUUGCAGAAUCAGCCCAAGACGCCGUCGCAAUAUCUUGCACAGCUUACCGAGACUGUGUGGAACCAGAUUGGUGUGUGAAACCGCGAUCACGACAUCGCUUGUCAUGCUCCUUCCAAGCACUAAACGCGCUGCAGGAUCACUCUCUGAGCAGAUGCAAGACCUCGACGGCGCAAUCUCGUGCUAUGAACAGGCGCUGAAGUACAACCAGUGGUCUGUUCCAGCCAUGCAAGGCAUUGCCUGCAUUCUACGAACCAAGGAUCAUUUCCCGCAAGCUGUCGAGUAUCUACGAACGAUAUUGAAGGUAGAUCCGGCUAACGGAGAUGUAUGGGGCAGCCUUGGCCACUGUUACUUGAUGAUGGACGAUCUACAACAGGCUUACUCCGCCUACCAGCAGGCACUUUACCAUCUGACAGAUCCAAAGGAGCCGAAGCUCUGGUAUGGCAUUGGAAUCCUGUAUGAUCGCUAUGGCUCCCUUGAGCAUGCUGAAGAAGCUUUUUCUCAAGUGAUGCGAAUGGAGCCCAACUUCGAAAAAGCCAAUGAAAUUUACUUCCGUCUCGGCAUAAUAUACAAGCAGCAACAGAAAUUUAAUCAGAGUUUGGAGUGCUUUAAAUACAUCGUGACUAACCCACCUCGCCCUUUGACUGAGGAGGAUAUCUGGUUCCAGAUCGGCCACGUUUACGAGCAGCAGAAAGAGUUCGACUCCGCAAAGGCGGCUUACCGUCGGGUACUCGAACGGGAUCCCAGCCAUGCUAAAGUCCUCCAACAGCUCGGCUGGUUGCAUCAUCAGCAAAGUACCAACUACGCUAGUCAGGAACAAGCAAUAGAGUACCUGGAGAAAUCCGUAGCCUCUGAUCAAACGGAUGCACAAAGCUGGUACUUGCUAGGCCGCUGCUACAUGUCACAGCAGAAAUACCCCAAGGCGUACGAAGCCUACCAGCAAGCGGUCUACCGCGAUGGCCGAAACCCAACCUUCUGGUGCUCCAUCGGUGUGCUCUAUUAUCAGAUCAACCAGUAUCGCGAUGCGCUUGACGCAUACUCCCGUGCAAUCCGACUCAACCCAAACAUAUCGGAGGUUUGGUACGACCUCGGUACCCUGUACGAGUCCUGCAACAAUCAGACUGCCGACGCACUUGACGCGUAUCAACGAGCUGCAGAUCUUGACCCAUCCAAUGUCCACAUCAAAGCUCGGUUGCAACUCUUGCAGAACGGUCAGACAUCGAAUGGGGUGCCCAACCAAGCUAGUGCUCCAGUACCGCAGGACGUCCACCCACAGGCCUAUCAACCUGCUUCUAUACAUGGACCCGCUGCCCCUCAAUGGGGUGCCCCUCAACCUCAGCAGCCCCCUCAAGGUCCAGCGCCGCCAGCUUUGGCUUCGGAGUGGAAUCGUCCGUUGGCCCAAAUUCGCGACCCGGGUCUACCUCCUCAGCAACUGAACCCUUAUGAACCGCGAGAGGCUCUUCGCCCUUCCGCGCAACACGCUCCUCAGCGACCUGCUAGUCCUAGGCAAGAACCUAUGAGACCUUACCAGGAGCCCCCCCGCCCAACUCCUAAUGGACCUGGAUCUGGACCCACGGGACCUGGGCCUCUGCGACGCGGCCUUUCUCCGUCUCCAAAGACCCAUAGUGUCGCUCCCAGCCCAUAUCACCCCGCACCCCCACAGCUCCCUCCUCAAGCACCUCAAUCUCAAGCUCAGUUGCCGUCACAUCAGCAACCUCCAAAUCGCAUCUCGAAUCCUAACUAUGGUCCUCACGCUGCUAACGUGCCUCCACCACCUCCACCUCCACCCACUGGGUUAAACGGACCGCCUAGCCAAGGUCCUCUUCCACCUUACGGACGCAUUUCAAGCCCACCACCUGAGGUUCGACCCAUUGUUGAGAAUCGAACUGGAUCCCCACGCAAUGGAUACCAACCACCAUAUCAACAUCAUCCUGACCCAUCAUCAGCUAGUGGUAUUGCCAGUGGAGCUCCCGCUCCAGCCUCAGCCCUCGCAGCGGCUGAAGCAGCUGCCCGUGAGCGUGAAGAUCGUCCCCCAACUGCACCACCAAAGCGCCUAAGGGAGUGGGAAGACAACGAUCACUUGAAUCCGAAGCCUCCAACCAAUGACGAAAAACGUCAGAAGAUGGACGAGCCUCACAGUCGGCGCCCCUCUCCACCCCAUAGAAUAUCUUCUCCACAGGUUCCCCGACAUAGCCCCCAAGAUGCGCCAGAUGCCCGGCGCUUCAACGAAGGCUAUCACCCAUCGGAAGCGGCUCACCAUGCACCCGCCCUACCACCGAUGAAUCCGACACCGACAUUACCUCGUGUGUCUGAGGCACCCAAGCAGGAGCGACCUGAACACCAUGAGCCUGCUGCGCGCCAUAUGGACGUGGACGAGAACUACGACGACGAGGGCGAGGAAACCAAGCCAAAUAUGCCUAAGUCAGAGCGUGAGAGCCCACGCAACCCUCCGACCAAUGGUCUGUCGCAUGCUCCCACCCCAGUUGAACAGAAGUCCUAGCGGGGCCUUGCCAACAUGGGGGUGGGAAGUUGUGUGACUUUGGUGAUGACACAGCUCGAAGGCUUUUCUUUGGAGAGAAAAUAACUGGUGGGACUCAAUCAUCGUUGGCAUAC